CCCCCACCCCUUUCCAGGGCUGCAAGGGGGUGGCGGCUGCUUGGAAAGUCUCGCCCCGCUUGGCCCCGCCAUGGAGCUGUCCACACUGCCCGGGGCUGAAGCCGACGCCGAAUUCUUCUCCAACGGCAGCCGCCUGCGCGCCUCGCCCUGGGGUCCCUGCCCCAACCAGAGCUUCAACCACACGGGGCUGCCCGCGGCCAAGGACCCCACCUCCAUCGCCAUCGCCAUCGCCAUCACCGCCCUCUACUCCGUGGUGUGCGUGGUGGGGCUGCUGGGGAACAUCCUGGUCAUGUACGGCAUCGUCAGAUACACCAAGAUGAAAACGGCCACCAACAUUUACAUCUUCAACCUGGCCCUUGCAGACGCCCUGGCGACGAGCACGCUGCCCUUCCAGAGUGCCAAAUACCUGAUGGAGACCUGGCCCUUCGGGGAGCUGCUCUGCAAGGUGGUCCUCUCCAUCGACUACUACAACAUGUUCACCAGCAUCUUCACGCUGACCAUGAUGAGCGUGGAUCGCUACAUUGCCGUGUGCCACCCGGUCAAGGCUCUGGACUUCCGCACCCCAGCCAAAGCCAAGAUCAUCAACGUCUGCAUCUGGGUCCUCUCCUCUGUGAUUGGCGUGCCCAUCAUGAUCUUGGCUGUGACCAAGUCAAAAGAUGGGAUCGUGCUCUGCAUGCUCCAAUUCCCUGAUCCCGCCGUGUACUGGGACACGGUGACCAAGAUCUGCGUGUUCAUCUUCGCCUUCAUGGUGCCCAUCCUGGUCAUCACCAUCUGCUACGGGCUCAUGAUCCUACGCCUCAAGAGCGUCCGCCUCCUCUCGGGCUCCAAGGAGAAGGACCGCAAUCUGCGUCGCAUUACCCGCAUGGUGCUGGUCGUGGUAGCGGCCUUCAUCAUCUGCUGGACGCCCAUCCACAUCUUCGUCAUCGUCUGGACGCUGGUGGACAUAGAUAAGAAGAACCCCUACGUGGUGGCCAGCUUGCACUUCUGCAUUGCCCUGGGGUACACCAACAGCAGCCUCAACCCUGUCCUCUACGCCUUCCUGGACGAGAACUUCAAGAGGUGCUUCCGGGAGUUCUGCCUGCCCUUUCGGUCCCGGAUCGAGCAAAACAGCUUCUCCCGAGCGAGAAACACCACCCGGGAGCGCGUCUCCACCUGCACCCCUUCCGAAGCCCUCAAUAAGCCAGCAUGACUAGACAUGGAUAGCCACCAGCGGGGCUUCCGUGGCCGCAGAAGGGAGGAACUGUUCUCGGAGGUGACUCAGGUCACCACCACAGAAUUCUAGUGGAGGUGGCUGGAGGCGAGUGGGCGGAAGUGGAGGGGCUCAUCAAGGACUCUUUAAAAAAAAAAAUUUGCAAAUGCUUGAUUUUCCAUGAAGACACCAGGGUGAUGGGGAAUUGGGCAGGGAGCGGGAGGAUCACAAAGCAACAGAUUCCUGGCUGAACAUUUCUAAGAACUGUAGAAAAACAGACCAUGGCAUCGGAUGGGCAAUGAGGAGGAUCCACAGGCUGCAAACACGUCAUCAGACGAGCACCAAACCUGCACCACAAGGCAGCCUGGAGAUGGACAGGCCCCGCCAUCAGGAUGGGGGAACCUGCCGCUGCUUUCGUGGGGGUGGGGCCGCUUCUUUAACUCUCAGCGGAUGUAAAAGCCCAGGCGCCCUUCAAACCCCGGUUGCAAAGCUGCAACCCUGUGAAGUCAUGUGCCAUUCAAGCGUCGGGUUUUGUUCCCCCGAUGCCAGCAGGUGGCGCCGGUGGCGAGAAACCUCAGCUCGCGGGGGGCAAGCUGCUGUGCCAAAGCGCACCAUGCUCUGGGACCCGUGCAAGGUAGAACUGGGGUUCGCCAACAGCCCAAGGACUCUGGGGAGGAGCCCUGCGCCUUCGUUGUUCCCGUUCUGACCUUGCACACGGCAGGCCCCGGCGCAUCCUGCUGACCCUUUGCAGCUGCACUCUGGGACGGCUGCUCAGGACCCCCCCCGUAGGAGAGCAGAGCACUCACUGACUGCCAUGUCUUGUACAUAUGUACAUUCCAACUGCCCACCUGUCCAGGGCGGCCUGAGACGUUCCUGACGGAGGCGUGUGGCUACUUGUCUCGUGUGCCUGCUUCGUUCCUUUCGCCGCAUCGUUAUUGCUCUGUACAGCCUUAUGCGGUGCAAAGCGGGAUCUGUAGGAGUCAGCCAAUUCCCCUGCUUACCCCGGGCCGCGGAGCUCGGAGCGUCACGGACACUCGUGGAAGGAGUGCCAGGAUCUGCCCGGCGAGAAUGCACUCCCGCCGCCCCUCGCAGAGAGGCACCGCGUCGUGCGUUCAGUGUCACAGUAGGAACUGGGAUUGUUGCUGUACGGCAGCAGCAGGAGGGUGACUGCGCUGGGAGAGGGGACUCCCUCUGCCUGUCUCUGGGGGAGGCUAAACACUGAAGUUAAAGAUCCUUUCAAGACUUUUCUAAAAAGAGAUCUGGGAUCCCUGCCAUACCUCCCUCUCUCUCACUUAGGGCCUCUGCCAAACCCCAGUCAAGUCAAUGCGAGUCUUUCCCAGGACUUCAGUGGGGUUUGGAUCAGCCCUUAAAGUGGGCUGGAGGGGCCCACACUGUGGGAGAGUCAUUGCUAGGCACGCAGUGGCUCUCGCAUUUGCCCGCCGCAGCCAGUCUCAGGGCCCAACUCUCCAACCCAGGCCCAGAAGCUAGGGCUCCCACUUGCACAGUGCUCAAGUGGGCAUUCAUGGGCCCUGGUACCAUCCCAGGCAACAAUAUGCUGAUCGGCGCAUCCACAUGCAGAACUAGGGGUCUCAUAGUAGUUUGCAAAUCGGGUUUCUGAUAUCUUUGCAAAGCACAUUGAGAUACUCUGAGCAUGACAGGCACCAGCUUAAACCCAGCUCCUUUCUAUGCUCUCUGUGUGCAUAUGCACGUUGGAAUACCAGACACGGGCUCUGUUGUUAUUUUUUUUAUUUCAGUGGUAUCUAAAUGCCUUUUCUUGGUCAUGGACUCCAUGUGUUUGGUGCUGUACGUUGUGCUCAAGCCACAGAAUUAGAACCCAGGGCCAAAUCUCAAACAUGCGGGCAAUCGGACACGGGAUUUUCGUUCUCCCUGUUCUAAGAUUAUCUGCAUGAUUCCAGGUGGGAGCCAUGUUUGGAGUUCAUACAGCUGGACAGCGUGUUGGGAUGUGAACUUCUGGGCCAGGCUCAGGUCUGGUUAACAGAUAAACCUGCAGAACUGGUCAGCCUGGUGGGGAAUGGGCUGUGAUGAUUUGAUGGGGAGGAAAAGUGCAGGCACGUAGCAAUGAGCAGAGCUGAUCCAGGCCAGAGGCAGGCCACGGGCUGCACCAACACCGCGGGCUGGAUUCGGCUUGCGGCUACACUGGUAUAAAUCCAACAAAGUCAACAGAGUUGUACCGGACUCACACUGGAGUGAGACAGUCCUGGGGAUCUGUGUCCUCUGUCCAUAAAACAGGUCACACUGCAAGCUCCCUGCCUGCCAAUGUGCCUUGACUCUCAUCGGGGGGGCACUCUCCUUUCGGGGGUGAAAGGAGCUCUCCCUCCUUAGCCCAUUCAAUGCCAAGGCAUUGCUGCUGGGAGGGCUCCCAAGGAGACCCGUCAGUGCCAGUAGAAGCGGUGGGUUUUGUGAUGUGUCCACCUGCCUGCUGGGAGCUGGGCGGACCUGAUCCCACUCAUUUCACACCAGCCUGGGGACACUUAUUAGAGAGAAGCUACUUGUGGUCAUUAGCUGUUUGGGCUGGAUUGCAACCUACAGGUGAAAGGCUCUUCAUCAUAAAAACAGACACACAUACGUGUGCGUGUGUCUGUGUGUGCGUGUGAGAGAGAGAGACUUACGUAUACAUGUGUGUUGCUUAGUAGACGUUGGCCUUUUACUACAAAUCAAGAAUAGUUCUAGCAACCUAGGGCUGAUGCACAACACGGAGGGCUGUCCACUGCAGCUGGUCCUAUUACUCUUAUGACCACAGCACCUACCUGCCCCGGCUGAGCUCAGGGCUCCAUUGUGCGAGGUGCUGCAUGCACCCCCAGGAAGAGAUCGGCCAACUCCAAAGACCUCACAGUCUAAAUAAACAAGACUGACGAACAAGGCGCUAUUUUCCCGGUUUCACUAAUGACAUGCAGGGAGUCCGCAGUAAGAAAUGAGCCCCGAUCAGCUGAGCCUUACUGUCCAUCCUCCGUAGCGCUGGCCCCACUUUCUCUCUCACUGUCCAUUCGAGAAGGCUGCACGACGCCUGCAAUGAACCAUUCCAUCCAGUGGGAAGGUGGCAAUUCAGCAAUGCAUCUGGAGCUGAGCUUUGCGGUUCAGGCCAGUCUCCAAUAUGUCUGUAAAAUCUGAGUGGCAUGUCCAAUACAUUAUGCACCACAGGCUUAUUCUCCCCCAAGGGACAAGAGCUACACAUUCUUUGUAUAGAUCAGCAUGUAAAGGUUAAUGAAGCAGCCCAAGACAACUUUCCUAAGCUGCAUAAUUCUUAAUUUAGUUUCAUAAUAAGAGAGACUUGACAGUAAUAAUACUCUGUGCUUCUAGAUAAGAACCUUGGCAGUAUUUGCAAACAGGAAUGAAUUACCCCUGCUGGGAGAGAGGCGCAUGAUCCCUUUUCAACUGUUUGGGGAAACUGAGACACAAAGAGGCAGAAUGAUUUGCUUACGGUCAUGCAGGAAGUCUGUGACACAGCUGGGAGUCCAACCCAGGCCUCAUGAUGCCUUGGCAUGUGCUUUAACCACCGAACCCUCCUAUCUCUCUUCCCAGACUUAUAAAAUAGAAAUGAAAUGUAUUCCUGCACACACACAAGUAUACAUGUAUAUAAACAACUCAGAUUCCCUACUGCUAGGAAACAUUUAGCUUACAGACCAAGGCAACUAUGCAAAGAUUAAAUCCUUCCAUCUUUGCUCUUUAUCUUUGCACAGAUCGACCCCAUGCAUGGGCUCAGACCCAAUAACUAGACAAGCACUCGGGAUCCCACCUGAGCGCCCUAUUAUUAUGUGUGAUGACAAGAUGGCAAGCCGCAAGCCCUGACUGAGUAACGUGAUCCAUCUCCUUCCACAAUCCAGUCCGAUCCAGCCACCCGGCUGGAGCCUUGAAACUCAAUUGGUUAAAGGUCAGACACGGGAUGCCAAGAGUGAAAAGUACCAGCUCAGCCCAGAGCAGAUGGAGCCAAGACAGAAGAGAUGCAGCAGUGGAAGUAUCCUCCUGAGGCCUGAGUCUCCACUGCCAUGCAUCCCAGGCCAGUAUUUAUGCUCGGGCAAAUGGAGAGUAAAAUGCUACCAGCAGCCUCUUACACCCAUGUGGCCAGGUGCAGGUCAAUGGAGAAUCAGUCCUCUAGUUAACUGCAGCGCGAUCUCAUUACAGAAACAAUUAAUGGGGCCUUCACGUUUCCCUGUUAGAGUUAAACCAGUUGGUAUGGAUUAGCACUGCCACAAUGCUCUGCAGUCUCUCACCAAGCAGCUGAAUCCGGUUGCCUUAGUCAGUCCCAAAAGGAAUGGAGAGGAUUUAUAAAACGGUAAUUAACAAAUGAGAGAAUCUGGCUGAUGCGUGAAAAUGACAAGCCCUGGAGACAAGAGGAAGAAUGGCCGCUGGCCAGUUUGUUUCCAUUGCUCCCCGCUGCCCCCGCGACUCAAAGAAUCUGUGUAGUGCAUAGGAAUUGGGUUGUAUCCCUUUAAAUACUUUGUGAGCCUUCUAGUGGUGCUCACUAAGUUUCAGAAGGCAGCUGAGCCCUGCCAGAGCAGCAGUGCGUAUAUGUAGCUGGGCCUUGCUGCAUGUUGUAUAUAGUUAGUGAACAUGGGUAUUCAGACCCCACCAGGCCUGUGUGGUUCCUUCACAUUACACGUUGGAAUCAGCUGAGCCAGGGAGCGCCUAGACUGAGCCAUUUUGGAAAGAGGACCCAAAAAUAUUCAGGAAUUUUUGGACAAUGUGAAGGGCAGGUGACAGUUCAAAAACCACCAUGUAUUCAAAAUACCAUUUUUUGAACUGUACCAAACUUCCCAGAAAAACUCUACCCCAUGGUGAGAUGGGACAUGCAACAUUUCAGGAUAAUUGGUUUUCUUGUUGGCCACUGGGAUAACAACCUGCUAUUGCUGCCAGCUUAUGUAGCUGCUCCUUUAGCUCAAGUGCUAGAGGUCUGUGUUUUGGUGCUGAAAGACAAGUCUUGAUGGCUAUUGUUACUCCACACGUAGUGGAGGCCAGAGAAUAUCUGGGCAAAACCAGCCCAGUAAGGCCCUAGGUCGGUAAAGCACUUAAGUUUGAGCUUAACUUUGAACUCUACUGAAGCCAAAGUUAACGGCAUUGCUGACUCAGGGCCUAAAUCAGGCUGAGCAUCUGUGUACAACAGCAACCACUAGGUAACAACCCUACUGGAUGUCUUUCUAAAACACGGGAUAGAGCUCAAACAGAAGUAAUGGGCCUGAUGUAGGAAUUAGUGAUUGAGGGUCUGUGGCCUGUGUUAUACAGGAAGUCAAACUUAAUGAUUGUGGGUGGUCUCUUCUGAUCUCAAAAGCUAGGAAUACUGUAUUGACUCAAACCAUGCGAGGUAAACCCUGUAUCCUAAGCAGCCUCCACUGCAGAAGGCCUUUAUGGCCGUAUUGGUAAAGACAGGCUCUUUUGUUGAAAUGAGCAUCUGACAAGACUGUAAAAACAUUAUUUUCCUCCCAAGGACAAAGUGAGAAAAAUUGGUGUUUGGAUCUCAGACACACGGUGUGAACAACCUGUCUUCUCUCCCCAGUACUUGUCUCACUGGAACAAAACCUGCUCUUGCCUAUGUCAGUUUCCUUCCUUAGAUAUUUUUAAGGUCAGGCUUGACAAAGCCCUGGCUGGGAUGAUUUAGUUGGGGAUUGGUCCUGCUCUGAGCAGGGGGUUGGACUAGAUGACCUCCUGAGGUCCCUUCCAACCCUGAUAUUCUAUGAUUCUACGAUUCUAUGAUUAGGUGAUUAUUAGAGAAGAUGGAAUGGCUCAUUUCUUCCUCAUUGUGAUGGCUUGCAUAUACAGAGAACUUACUGAGAUUUGUAUCUCACUCUGACACCCAAAUCUCUUCCCACCUAACAGAAAUCCUAGCUGGAGAGCAGCUAUUUCACCAGACUGGUUGAUGGUGGGGGGGCAGUAAAGCAGACCCCUCAAAACCCAGGAAAGGCCAAGCAAGAGACUGGAAAGGGAACAGGGAUUAGUAUGGGUAACACACCGGCCUUCCACCUCUGCAGACCUGGGUUCAAAUUUUUCUUGGCAAACGGAAGCAAAACCACGAGCCUGGUGUUCAUCUCUUCCUCUCUCUGAGGCUUAUUCUCCAAAAGGGAAACCACAGCGCAGUUUGCCACAGGUGUUACUCUCUCUUCCCAGGAGAUGUCCAGCAUUGAGAUGCCACGGGGUGCCGUAGGUCAGGACUAAGAUUCACAAUGCAAGAGCUAUGGAUGGGGAGAACCUUUCAUACAUCUGCCCAGGUUAUGUCUCACUCUGGGCACUGCUAUCAGUCCCUUGCUGUUUAUAAACACCAAAAAGGCAACCUUCUUUAUUGUUUGGUUUGGUUGUUUGUUUUUUUUCCAAUCAGUCUUUAUCACUAAGGGAGGCUGUAUUGGUUUUGGCCCGAAUCCAAUCACUGGCAAAUAUAAGACUCUUGUAAUGAACUAAUUUCAUUUGAUGCUGGUGAAACGCCAUCUUGCCCAGGGUAGAGAAACGUAAACAUCUGUCAGCCAUUCACUUUGAACAUGGACAUGAAUAAUGUGUUUUCUGAACAUUCAGGGGCCUGAUCCAAAGCCAAUG